ACCAGUUAGCCAAAGGAAAACCCGUUAGCAGAAAACUUCUAUCUUUUCUGUUUAUUUAUUUAUUUUUAUUGUUACAAUAAUGGAAUUUAGAACCUAAUUGUCAUGAAUCCUUCCCAUCAAGAAAUAAAAGAGCAAGAAAAACACUCUGUCACUAUGUACCCUCAGUCUCAACUCUCAACCUCUCUUCUUUCACUAUUUUUCUUUUUUUCUUCUUCUUUCGUCUUCUACUCCAUAGAUCUUUCCGUAUACGAGCAAUGUCAGUUUCCGGAGCCUCUCCAGCCGUGGGAUUGUUUUGUGCCCCACGAUCCCCGCCGCGCCUUCCUCGGUUCAGGAUGGCAGUCCGAUCCAGCGCGAUCUCGGUUGCGCCAAUCUUGACCGACUUAAAACACCAGUGUGCAACUCCCUUGCCGGUUCUCCGCCACGUGGCGGACGCCAUGGCGGCUGAUAUGCGCGCUGGACUUGCGGUUGAUGGUGGUAGCGACCUCAAGAUGAUACUCAGCUAUGUUGAUAGUCUCCCAACUGGGAAUGAGAAGGGAUUGUUUUAUGCGUUGGAUCUUGGUGGCACAAACUUCCGGGUGCUGAGGGUGCAGUUAGGUGGGAAGCAAGAGCGUGUGAUCGCCACAGAGUUCGAUCAAGUAUCCAUUCCUCAAGAGCUCAUGUUUGGUAACUCUGAGGAUCUUUUCGAUUUCAUUGCUUCUGGGUUGGCUAAAUUUGCGCAAACGGAGGGUGGAAAGUUUCACCUUCCAGCUGGAAGGAAAAGGGAGAUUGGAUUCACAUUUUCUUUCCCCGUGAGGCAGACCUCUAUUGAUUCCGGCAUACUAAUCAAGUGGACAAAGGGUUUUGCGGUCUCUGGAACGGCAGGAAGAGAUGUAGUGGCUUGUUUGAAUGAGGCUAUGGAAAGGCAAGGACUGGAUAUGCGAGUGUCUGCCCUGGUCAAUGAUACUGUUGGAACAUUAGCUGGAGCAAGAUACUGGGAUGAUAAUGUCAUGGUUGCUGUCAUUUUGGGUACUGGAACCAAUGCUUGCUACGUUGAACGGACGGACACUAUUGCUAAACUUCAGGGCCAUGUGUCUUCUUCUGGAAGAACGAUUAUAAACACCGAGUGGGGUGCAUUCUCAAAUGGUCUUCCUUUAACAGUUUUUGAUAGAGAUAUGGAUGUUGCUAGCAUUAAUCCUGGUGAGCAGAUAUUUGAAAAGACAAUCUCUGGAAUGUAUCUCGGUGAAAUAGUACGAAGAGUGCUACUGAAGAUUGCUGAAGCAGGAGCUUUUGGUGAUUCUAUUCCAGAAAAACUAUCAACGCCAUUUGUACUCAGGACCCCAUAUCUUUCUGCUAUGCAGCAGGACUACUCUGAUGAUCUUAAAGCUGUUGGAUCAAUCCUCUAUGAUAUAGCGGGGGUUGAGAGCAAUUUAAGUGCAAGGAAGAUUGUCGUAGAGGUAUGUGACACUAUUGUAAAGCGAGGUGGCCGCUUAGCUGGUGCAGGAAUUGUGGGGAUUCUGCAGAAGAUGGAGGAGGAUUCACAAGGUCUCAUCUUUGGGAAGAGGACAGUGGUGGCUAUGGAUGGAGGCUUGUAUGAGCAUUAUCCCCAGUACAGAAGAUACUUACAAGAUGCGGUUACAGAGCUUUUGGGGUUUGAAAUAUCAAAGAAUGUAAUUAUAGAACACUCAAAAGACGGGUCUGGUAUAGGAGCUGCUCUCUUGGCUGCAGCAAACUCUAAAUAUGAGCACGACUUCUAGGGAUUAACAACAUCUUGCUGAUCACAGACACGGUGAUAUAUAUUGCCUUGUAAUUUGUCUUCAAGCUAGAAAGUAGAGAACUUGGUUUUGUAUUGUUAUUUGAUUUGGCAUUGGGUUAAGAAUAAGAGUGAAGAACACAGUGUGUGUUGAAAAUU